AUGGGUUUGAUUCCUCAACCACAAGAAUCUCACAGCCACACCCACAAAAUCUUUCUCUACUCGAACUACAUCCUCCUUGGCGCAUCCACAAGUUGCAUCUUCCUCACACUCUCUCUCCGUCUGAUCCCUUCGGUCUGUGGAUUCUUCCUCAUCCUCCUCCACGCCACCACAAUCGCCGCAGCCGUCUCCGGUUGUGCAGCCGCAUCCUACGGCAAGAACCGGUGGUACGCAGCGCACAUGAUCGCAACAGUCCUCACCGCCAUUUUCCAAGGAUCAGUCUCUGUUCUCAUUUUCACCAACACGUCGAAUUUCCUCUCGAGUCUUAACUCUUAUGUCCGUGAGAAAGAAGCGUCUUUGAUCUUGAAACUAGCUGGUGGGCUCUGCGUUGUGAUCUUUUGCCUUGAGUGGAUCGUUCUUGUGCUUGCCUUCUUCUUGAAGUACUAUGCUUAUGUCGAUGGUGGUAGCAGCAACGACAAUGGAGUUGCUAUGAAGAGAACUGGCAAGGUUCAGAGUGAAGAUACUCUCAAGGAUUCGCCAUGGCCGUUCCAAGUUUGA